CUUCCGGCCCGAGGCGGAGCGGCCCUGCGCGGCGGCCGCGGGCAGCGGAGCGGAGGCCUCUGCCGCCAUGUCGACGUCGCUGGGCUCCAACACGUACAACCGGCAGAACUGGGAGGACGCGGACUUCCCUAUUCUGUGCCAGACAUGCCUUGGAGAGAACCCAUAUAUUCGAAUGACCAAAGAGAAAUAUGGGAAAGAAUGCAAGAUCUGUGCCAGGCCUUUCACCGUGUUCCGCUGGUGCCCCGGGGUCCGCAUGCGCUUCAAGAAGACAGAAGUGUGCCAGACCUGCAGCAAGCUGAAGAAUGUCUGUCAGACCUGUCUGCUUGACCUGGAAUAUGGUUUGCCUAUUCAAGUCCGGGAUGCAGGACUCUCCCUUAAGGAUGAGAUGCCUAAGUCUGAUGUCAAUAAAGAGUACUACACCCAGAACAUGGAACGAGAGAUAUCCAACUCUGAUGGCACCAGACCAGUUGGGGCACUAGGAAAAGCUACUUCUACCAGUGACAUGCUGCUGAAGCUGGCUCGGACCACUCCUUACUAUAAACGUAACCGUCCUCACAUCUGUUCCUUCUGGGUGAAAGGAGAGUGCAAGAGAGGAGAAGAGUGUCCCUACAGACACGAGAAACCUACGGACCCUGAUGAUCCUCUGGCUGAUCAGAACAUCAAAGAUCGUUACUAUGGCAUCAAUGAUCCUGUGGCUGAUAAGCUUCUGAAAAGAGCAUCAACCAUGCCUCGCCUAGACCCCCCUGAUGACAAGACUAUCACCACACUCUACGUUGGAGGGCUGGGGGAUACCAUCACUGAGUCAGAUCUCAGAAAUCACUUCUACCAGUUUGGGGAGAUCCGGACCAUCACGGUGGUGCAGAGGCAGCAGUGUGCCUUCAUCCAGUUCGCCACGCGGCAGGCGGCGGAGGUGGCUGCUGAGAAGUCCUUCAACAAGCUCAUUGUCAACGGCCGCAGGCUCAACGUCAAGUGGGGAAGGUCCCAAGCAGCAAGAGGAAAAGAAAAGGACAAGGAAGGGACUACAGAAUCAGGGAUAAAGCUGGAGCCAGUUCCAGGACUUCCUGGAGCUCUCCCACCUCCUCCUGCUGCAGAAGAGGAGGCUUCUGCAAAUUACUUCAAUCUACCUCCGAAUGGCCCUCCUGCCGUGGUUAACAUUGCCUUGCCACCUCCUCCUGGCAUUGCUCCACCACCACCUCCAGGUUUCGGGCCGCACAUGUUCCACGCCAUGGGGCCCCCUCCUCCCUUCAUGAGAGCCCCAGGGCCCAUCCACUACCCCUCUCAAGAUCCCCAGCGGAUGGGUGCCCACGCAGGGAAGCACAGCAGCCCCUAGCACCUCCUGUCUCCUCCUCCUCCUCCUCCUGAAAGUAAAUGUUAUUUUCUAGUUGCCACGGUAGCAGCAUAUGUUGAGCUAGAGAAGCCUUACUCCUCCCUGCUUGCAGAGGCUGGGCCAGCCCAGCUCUGUGUCUCCACUGGCUGAUCCUGUAGUAGUGGAUACAUCCCAGAUCUUUUGUUUAGAGUUGGGUUUGGGGGGUAGGGGGCAGAUAGAAGGGCUGGGGCAGGGGGGGAAUUGUGGAUUGUGUACCAGGAUUACAGAGCUGUCCCUGUAUCCUGUUUGCACACUUUUGAAAUAAACUAUUGGAGAAAAAAACAAACAAACCCAAAAGCCCUUUUCAAGCCCAUUUCAUACCCUCAGUCUGAACACCACUGACAGGGCUCUGGGCAACCUGAUCUAGUUGAGGGUGUCCCUGCUUACUGCAGAGGGGGUUGGAUAAAUGACCCUUAGAGGUCUCUUCCAACCCAAACCAUUCUGUGGUUCUGUGAUUGCUUAAAUGUUUCCAGAGACUGUCAGGUAACUGCUGGCUUUUUAUUCUCGUGAAGUUCUAAAUCAAGACUGAAUCAGAGCUAGAAAAACACCUCGGCAGAUGUGCCAAUCCCAUGGCUUUGCCUUACUCUAGCCACAGAAUUGUCUUUCCUCUUUUUUUCCUCACUUCUUCCUUUAAAAGAAACCUACAGAAGCUUUUUGGAUGCUUUCACUUGUAAUCCUGCAUGUCCUGAGCAAGAUAAGUGUUAGGAGAGGUAGUGCAGGUGUGGCAUUGAGAGACAGGUCAGCAGUUGCCUGUUGUAGCAGUGCCCAUGAGGAUGCAGGGGGGAGGACAUGGGACAGCUGCCAGCUUGUCUAGGGUGUAUUUGGACCAUGACUAGGACUUCAGAGGCCUGUGCAUACAGGGGUGGAUCCCAUUUCAUCCUGCUUAGGUAAGACAUGAAACCUGGGUAAGACAUGAAACUCUGUGCUCCAUCUGUAGUGUUUGCCCUGGCACCUGCUGUUGGGCAAGGUGGUGUGUUCAUGUGGCUGGAGGACUUUAACUUUAUCUGUGUCAGCUCCUUUCAUGCAGUGGAUCUGUGAAUAUCAUUCUGUAAAGCAAAACAUGAUGGGGACCUGUUCUGAAGCUUCUUUUGCUUGUGUUAAAAAAAACAAACCACAUUAAAAUGUCUUGACUUUUUCAA